AUGAAACGCGAAAGGAUACCGCGGAGGAGAGGUCUGGUAGCGAACUCGGCACAGAUCCAGUCUGAUACGACUCCCGAUCUCUACAACGGGAGGACUGAAAUUCUGGAGCGUCUGCAGCCGACACUGGAAGGCCCGGACAAGUUCAAAAACUGUGAAGGGAGAACAAGCAUCUGCGGGGAUGAGGCUGCAUGCUGGAGGUUACCCAAUAACACUUCAAAGUGCGUUUGUCCGCAUGAUUUAUCUACACCCACUGACGACCUCAGGUGCCCGAUACGAUUCACCGUGCCCCUCACAGAAGCACGACCGAUACAUAUUAAUGUCAUACCACCUCCCGGUAAUGCCACUAAUAGUACCGGUGCUCUACUCGUGCCUAAACAGGUGGAGGAGAGACAUCACGAGAAAGUCGCUGGGAUGAUUGGCGUCUUGAUAGCCUGUCUGGUACUAAUCGGAAUCGUUGCAGUCAUAUUCUGCUUGUGGAGAAGAAAAUGUUACAGUAAAAAAGUCGAGCGAAAGACUCUCGACCUAACUCCCCUGAACUUGAAGAAAAGUCUCCUCCUCCCCAACAAGUACAUCGCCAACCCUCAGUACUUCGGUUGCACACCCCCAGAAGUGCCGAUUCUUCGGCGCGACCACUUAGUCUUUCUGUACGACGUAGGUGAAGGCUGUUUUGGAAAGGUGUACAAAGGUGAACUUUGUCACGGUGACAGAACGGAAAUUGUCGCGGUUAAAGUACUCAAAGACUCAGCGUCACGCGAAGCUGAGGAUGACUUUAUGAGAGAAGUUGAAAUAAUGUCGACUUUUCGUCACGAUAAUAUUUUGUCACUGAUAGGGGUCGUCCUCAGGGACUCCAGCAACAGUCCCUGGAUGGUUUUUGAGUACAUGCCGUACGGCGAUCUUGCGGAAGUCCUGAGAGCCAAUUCACGACAAUUUUCCAGCUGCUCUAUUGCCGGACUCGAGCCCUUGACUAAGGACUCAUUGUACUGGAUUGCGGUGCAAAUUGCCUCCGGUAUGACGUAUCUCUCCGCCCAGAGAUUUGUACACCGUGACCUUGCCUGUCGUAAUUGCCUCGUUGGGGCUGAUUUAGUUGUCAAGAUUGCCGACUUCGGAAUGUCGAGGGAUGUCUACACUUGCGACUAUUAUAAGAUUGGUGGAUCUAGAAUGCUCCCCGUUCGUUGGAUGUCCCCGGAGAGCGUGAUGUAUGGGCGUUUUACUCUCGAGAGUGAUGUCUGGAGUUUUGGGGUUGUCUUAUGGGAAGUUUACUCGUACGGUAAACAGCCCUACUAUGGCCACAACAACGAAGAAGUUGUUAAACUCAUUUUGCAGGGUAUAAUGCUCAUUCCACCCGAGGAUUGUCCACCAUUCAUAUGUAAAAUAAUGUCGGAGUGUUGGAAAUCAGAGUCGCGGGAUCGUUUGAAAUUUCCGGAGAUACUUGAGAGAUUGGAGAAAGGGCGGGAGAUUAUGGAAAUGCCGGAAAAAGGGAGUUUACCGAGGCCACCUCAGGGACCUGUGGCAAUUCGUUCUCUCGAUCUCCUGGACUCGGAGGGGUAUCUUGUACCUGCACCCACACAACCACAGGAGUAUCUCCAGCCACUUCCCCCCUUCAGUGUGUGAAUAGAGCAGUUACCGCUGAUUUUGUAAAUUUUUUACCCUCAGACGAUGACUGACACCCUCUGGGGGGUUUAACCCCUCAAAUGCCAACAUGCACGACUGUUUUCGCAAUUGAAUAUUUCCGAAACUAUCGCGGAUAGUGCGAUACAGUUCGAAAGCUGAAUAGCGCAGUUUUAAGGUGUUUCGUGUGAGCAGUCGAAAUGAUGAAAAAAAAUUGGAAAAUUCGGGGGA